GCGCCUGCGCAAUAAGCAUCGGCGGCCUUCGCUCAGUUGCCAUGGCGGCUGGCUUAAGCGGGAUGUUUGGGAAUCAGGGCCCGGUCCCUCCGCCGCCACCGCCGCCUCCUCCUCCUCUGCCAGUCGCCCCCGGUGGCCCGGGCCCGGCAGGGCUUCCUCCGAACCCGGGGGGUCCGCGAAAUCCCAACAGCACUCUCGUGGAUGAACUGGAGGCUUCUUUUGAGGCUUGCUUUGCUUCCCUUGUGAGUCAAGAUUAUGUGAAUGGUACAGACCAGGAAGAAAUCAGAACAGGUGUUGACCAAUGUAUCCAGAAAUUUCUAGAUGUUGCACGGCAGACAGAGUGCUUUUUCCUACAGAAAAGGUUACAGCUAUCUGUUCAGAAACCAGAGCAAGUUAUUAAAGAGGAUGUUUCGGAACUGAGAAAUGAAUUGCAGAGGAAAGAUGCACUAAUUCAGAAGCACUUAGGUAAACUGCGACAUUGGCAACAGGUUCUGGAAGACAUCAAUAUACAACACAAAAAGCCUACAGAAAUACCUCAAGGACCUUUAGCCUAUCUAGAGCAGGCUUCAGCUAAUAUCCCUGCACCUCUUAAGCAAACGUGAACAAAAAACACUAUUCAAAUAGUAACUUUUGUUAGCUCAAACAGUGUGGAACUGUAGAUUUGUACAGUUUGUAUGGUACAACUUUAUAUGGACUUUUUGAAGCUGAUGGCAAGAAGCAUAAAAUAAAUUAGGAGGAUAUUAUUCAUCCUCAUAGGGUUCAUAGUGGGGAUUUUGGGUUUUUUGUAUUUUUAUUCCCUAUCUGGGCAAACAGCAAUUGCAUGCAGUGCAGAUUACAAAGACAUUUAUUUAUUUGUUAAAAUACCUUCUGCUGAAGGAGCAUCCCGUGUGUAUCUGUUCCAUGGACUUCCCUGGUGCUGUACUGAAUAAACAGAAUCAAAAAGGAAAACAGCAACCCUCACUGGUUGUGCUUGAGGGAUGGGGACUGACCUACAUAACAGAGUUUUGGCUGAUCCAAAGGGCUAUUUUAUGCAUGCACUUUAGGGCUUGUGUGCUCAGUUCGUGAUCUUUGAGACAUGGAUGUCUCUUCUUCCUGGUAAAUUACUUUUAAAACUGUUUGCAUUUUAUACAACUGUUUGUGAUCAGGCAGGGAAGGAAAGGGGGGUCUGCAGUGCUAAGAGAAUAGAGCUUUUGAACGUGUCUAUAAUGUAGUGCUUUGGAUUUCUGCCAGCGUUGUGUUCCAUAGUUAGUCUGAGUGAUUUUCUUACUUUUCCUACUAAAAGACAUUCAACAAAGAAUACAUAGAACCUUUUAUUUCUAUUUUCCUUCUGCCUAAGGGGAAGAUCAGAGUAGCCAGCAUCUUCCUAACAACCUCAGUCUCUUUCUUUUAGAUCACGGUGCCUGACAUCUCAGCUUCCUACGUAUUUUUUAUUGUGACAUAUUGUUUCUUUUGUCCCUGGAAGCAUGCUACUCUCUUCACAAUAGCUUUGUUGUUUGAAAUUCUUGGUUUGAACAGAAUUGUUGUUUGAACAGAAAAUACCCAUGAGAAAUAUGUGCCUAACCUGAAUUGCUGUAAUUUGUUGUAACUGUCUGCAAAUCAAAUACUUCUUUGAAUACUUUGAAUCAAAAAGUAGAUAAAACAUACAGGAACAAA